GCUUCAUCGCGGCUAUGACAGCGCGCGCAUGUGGUUUUCGUUCGUCGUUCCGUCACGACGUUGUUUUUCCUCCUGUAGAGAUAUCUAUGGAACAACACUGCCCCUAAAGUAGCUGUCUAGCCGAAUUGGUAGAUAACUCAAGUAAAAGGACUUUCUUGGAUGUAUACAAAAAGCUUAUGCUGUUUGCAUCUCCUGUCAUAAAUAGUUAAUGCACGCGCAUGGUUCCACGUGAGUGAAGCGCACGUCAAAGUGAUCGCUUCAGACGAGGUGACGGCAUACAAAGCGUAGACCGUGGACAGACGCGGCCGCUCCGGCCAAGACCUCUUCCCACCGACUACGGAGGUGUUGUCGGAUCGGCAGAUGCGAAGUAGCAAGCUGGCAGCAAGAUGAAUCCAGAUGUUGAAGAACGGAAUAUCAUCAAGUUUGACCCACCUGUUUCGGUUCAGCGUUACAUGGAAGUUUGCAAGAUCCUAUCACAGGAUACCACAAUUGAAAAGGUUGUAGAUUUUGGUUGUUCAACAGGGCAAUUCUUCAGGCAUCUCAAGGAAAUCCAACACAUUAAGAGAUUUGCUGGUGUGGACAUCAGCUAUGGCUGCUUAGAGGAUGCUUACCGGGCAGCCCGACCUCUAGCCUGGGAAUGCAUAUACAGACGAGCCUGCCGAUUGGAUGUGCAGUUCUUUAAAGGAAACAUCUCGGUCAAAGAUCCAAGACUCUAUGCCUUCGAUGGUGUUACUUGUAUUGAGCUUAUAGAGCACUUAAACGAGAGCGAUUUAAGGAAAAUGCCUGACACCAUAUUUGGUUUCAUUCAGCCAAAGAUAGCUGUGAUCACCACACCCAACCGAGACUUCAAUGUGGUCUUUCCAGAGUUGCAAGGAAUGAGGCACUGGGAUCACAAGUUUGAAUGGAGCAGAACUGAAUUUGAAGAGUGGUGCUCACAAGUACUACAAUGCUACCCUAACUAUGUAGUUCACUACAGUGGUGUUGGAGAUGCACCAUCUGAGAAGUACCAAGGUGUUGGCCACUGCUCCCAGAUUGCAACAUUCAGGAGGACCUGCCAAGCCAUUAACAGGCCCGAAAGUUCCAGACUGCCUUCAUUGGCCUACGAACUUGUGUUUGAGACAAGCCAUCCUUGUGAGGAUGGCUGAUAAUUGCUGUAGGCAUGCAGACAUACAGACUACCAAAACAAUUCUGAACCCUCUUCCAUCACAUUAUCAUCUUGGCAUGUGAUGCAUGAGAAGACGACAUAGGAUUGUAUCCCUCAAAAGCUCACUGACAGGUAAAGACUUGUGUCUUCGUUGAACAAGCUUCUGGCAUAAUGCUAUUCAGCAAUGCAAAACGUGACACUUCUGUUGGUGUGGCUUGUUCCUGUAUAGUGGCAUGAGUGUGACGUGAGUGUGAGUAUAAGAUGAUUAUUUAUAAUUUACUUAGAAACCAAUCAGUAGGUACUCCUGAAUAUUUUUUGUAGAAGAUUGUUCCUGAUAAUCGUUUAUAAAUGCUAAAGCAGUACAUGGUUCCAGAUUAAAUCAAUGUUUAUCUGGC